AGAUAGUAUUGUUAGGGUUCUUCAAGCUUCUUUGGUCCUUUUAUCUUGGUAUAUCAUCCUUUACUUGCGACCCCUUGAGAAAGGUUUCGGGAAAUCCCAACCAUCUCGCUCAACUUGACUUUACCUGAAUUCUUCAAGAUUUCUCCCGCAAGAAUAGGAGAACUAAGUUCACGAUGGAUAUCAAAGAUAUCUCCGAGGAGAAACAGUUCUUGGCGCAUUUCGACCAGAUCAAACAGAAUGCAGAGCGAGCCUACCGUCGGAAGGGCGAAAAGGUCCGAGAACACCCUCCCCCUCAGAUGCUCGUCUGGAAGUUCAUUAUGAAGCUCGCCGCUUCCGAUAUCAUGAGUGCAGGAAGUACGCAUAAAUCCAUGUUUGCUACGUCGCAAGUGCCGGCCUACUAUCUUCCUUGUAUACACCCUGUUCAGGAGCUCAAGCCCCUGAUGAUAUCGAACAUGACGCUUGAGACCCAUCACCGUGGGAAGCGAGCCUUAGUCCGCGUCCUGACCCCGGCCGACCGGAUGACCGCCGUCAUGGCCAUCAUCGAGGACGAGGAAGGCACCGCGGUUAUGCUACAGCUCUACAACCAACCCGAGGAGAGCGUGGUCAGUAAGGACCAAAUCCUGCGGGAGGGAGACGUGUGCAUUCUCAAGGAGCCGUACUUCAAGGUCACUGUGGAUGGUUCAUAUAGCCUGAGAGUUGACCAUGUCAGCGACGUCAUCUGGCUUCAGGAUACCGAUCCUCGCAUCCCCCUAAAGUGGAGAAAGCGAGUUUUGACCCUUGACGAGAGUUCCAAGGAAAUACGACUGGAGGGGAACGCGGCGGUUCAAAAAUGUCAAUGGGCUGAAGCAGAGAAACUAUACACAGACGCCAUACGAGCCGCCGAGACCCCCGAAGAGGCGCAGCUAGCCCAUCUCAACCGUUCGCUCGCGAACCUCCAUCUCGAGCGGCCAGAGAAAGCUCUCGACGACGCACUCAGGGGCCAUCCAAGUGGAGGCCCAAACGAAAAGGCCCUUUUUCGAGAGGCGAAGGCGCUCUACGCCCUACGAAAGUUUAGCCCCUGUCUCGAGAAGUUCUUAGCCGUCGUGCGUUGCAACCCCAAGAAUUCGGACGCGUGGGCCGAGAUCAAGCGCGUCAAGCAACGCCUCUGCGAGGAAGAGACGGGCGCCUAUCAGUUUGGCAGCAUGUACAAGCAAGCAGAACGCACCCCGCCUUUGAUAGACUGCGCGACGUACGUCGGAUCGGUCGAGGUCCGCGAUUCUCCUGGCCGAGGCAAGGGCCUCUUCACCACGAAGCGAGUUAAGGCGGGAGAGCUCUUGUUGUGCGAGAAGGCUUUUGCGUACAGUUACGCUGGCGACGACACCCCCAUUGGCCAGCAGAAGAUAACCAUCCUGAUGAACCUGAACUCCAAAACCAUGUGUAUGGGCGGGCAGGCCAACCUCAUCACGCAGAUCGUCCAGAAGAUAUACCACAACCACGAAGGGGCGGACGUAUUCACCAACUUACACCACGGCGACUAUCCGAAGGUAGCUACGUCCGAGGUAGACGAGGCCCCCGUAGUUGAUACAUUCCUCAUAGCCAAGAUCAUCCAACUAAACUGCUUCGGCGCCCCGCGCAGCAGCUACGCCACGCACACGUUCGGCGAGAACACCACCAACCACAACACCAAUACCAACAAAAACAAACAAGACAGACCCUCCUACACAACCUGCGGCAUCUGGCCGCUCGCCUCGCGCAUAAACCACGCGUGCGUAACAAACUGCCGACGCUCCUUCAUCGGGGACUUCAUGCUCGUGCGCGCGACGCGGGACCUCGACGCCGGAACCGAGCUGCUUCACGCGUACCACCAGCCGGACCCGGACGAGACGUACGAGGAGACGCGGCGCGCGACGACGCGGAGCUGGGGCUUCGCCUGCGGCUGCGCGCUGUGCCUCGCCAAGAAGGAGACGAGCGUCCGGACGGCUCGCGAGCGCAAGGCCCUAUACCGCAGUCUCGAUCCGUUGCUGCGGCGCGACAACAACAACACCACCUCCUCCUCCUCCGCCUCCGCGCCGCAGCUGGCGCGCGCCGCUAAGGUCCUCGGGGCGCUGGAGAAGACGUACGGGCCGACGAAGCCGGGCGCGGCGCCGGUGCCGCGGCUCGAGCUGUGGGACCCGUAUUUCGCGCUGGCCGCGCGGCUGGUGCAGAUGGAUAAGCCGGUGGAUGGGCUAGAGAUGGCGCUUAGGGGGCUAGAGGCGCUCGGAUACGUCGUCGUGGCUAGCCCUCCGAGGGACGCGGGGAAGAAGAAAAAGGGGGUGCUGGAGAUAAAGCGCUGGGGACAGGUGAACGAGUACGUCAUCUACACGUUCUUGUCGAUGCUCCAUGCGUACGGGAGGCUCGCGCCUGAGCUCUGUGAGGUCGUUAAGGGGUAUGCCGGUAUUAUUUACAGUAUUGUUGUCGGUGAGAAGGACACCAUUGGUACACGUUUCCCUACUCUAGCUAGUUAAGCAGUUGCUGGUAAUGAAUUAGGAUAGUAGUACGUAGUACGUACCUAGUAGGUAGUCAAGAAUAAUUGAGACUUGAACAUCAAGAGUACGACAUAUAAUUCCUACAAUAC